CGGUUAGUUCGUUAAAGUUGAUUAAAGUCAUUUAACCGGGACGGCGACGCGGAUGCGAACGGUUCGUCGAUCCCGAGGGUUCGAAUUAAAUGAAGUUAAAUUGUUUAAUAUCUGAAUCGGGUCGGUGGUAGUCGAGCGAGCUGGGCAGCGAGGCCUUCGCGACGGAGCCGAGCGAGGUGGGCGCGGAGGUAGCGGGCCCGCACCCGCCGCCGGCCGACGGGUACAUGUACGUGUGCGGGGACAGCUCGGCGGGCCGGCGCUACGAGUGCGCCUUCGAGCCCGCCGGCAUCGACCAGCAGACCUUCGAGGAUCAUAUGUUCGGCGAGUUUGGCAAGGACCGCCACGUGCAGGUGGUAGUAGGCGCAUCAGGUGAACUGCAGUAUCGUGAUGAGAUGCCCGUGUUCUCGGCAGCCGAACAAAAGCGCAAAGAAGAGCCUCUACUCUUACAACCUGUGGAAUCGACGGCCUCUACACAUCCACCGCCUCCGCCACCCACUACCACUAAGAAAAGUGAUAAGAAGAAGAAUGACAACAACGGAAUAAAGAAGAAGAAAACCAGGACUACCUUUACGGCAUAUCAAUUAGAAGAGUUGGAGAGAGCGUUUGAAAGAGCGCCAUACCCCGAUGUAUUUGCAAGAGAAGAACUGGCUCUGAAACUUAAUUUGUCUGAAUCACGAGUUCAGGUUUGGUUCCAAAAUAGAAGAGCGAAAUGGCGAAAGCGAGAACCUCCAAGAAAAACUGGUUACAUCGGUUCCAGUUCACCGAGCUCCACUACCCUAGGAGGCGGCUUCACAGCCAUCGGGGGCAACUUGCCCGCCUUCCCGCAGAACGGCCUCUCCGCCCCAGCAGACUCUUGGUCAUACCAGCACUCCUACGAAUUAUCCUCGCAUCAUUUACUAUCGUCAAGUAGUAGUGGCUAUCCGGGAUUCAACGCACAACCGGCAGCUUAUUCAUACACAACCGUUCUAAACGGGCAUGAUGGACAAAUGUUCGCGCCGCGGCAUUCAUAUGAAUACGGUGAAGGUAGUCCACCCCCUCUUGGCGUACCGGAUUACCCCAUGAUGGCUGCACAUUCACCACAAAUGGAAGGGCACUCGCACGAUGACAAACUAGAGUAUCGUUCGCACGAACACGAAGAUAAGUAUAAUGCGUGUGCAAUGCAAGAGGAACCACCUCGUUAUGCGCCCCCCUCUGAGGAAUACGAAAAAUGCAUGGUCUCCCAUGAGAAACAUUACGAGAUGGACCGACACGGCGAACUAUCCCAGCCUGUAGUCGUUAAGAUGGAACCUACGACGGCGGGGCAAGCGUAUACCACACUGCCCCCUUUUUUGAAUUGAAAUACUCCUUUUCGAAAUUAUCCUGAUUGCGAUGAGAAUAAUUUCGAAAAGGAGUAUUUAUUCCCUUUUGAAUUUUCCAUAUGCGGACGUUGAGUACUCUGAAAUAUAUGCACGCAUUUAUUAUUUUAAAAUAUGGGUUUUUGUCUAAGAUUGUUUAAUUUUAUAUAAGGAUUUUUUAAAGAUGUUCGCGAUAUAUAACGUAAAUUAUGUAUAACUUUAUUAGGUUUGAUAUCCUUAGAAAAACUUAAGAAAUUUCGCAAUAAAAUGUAAAUAAAUUUUAUUAAGUAUUAGGAAAUUAUUGAGAUUAAUAAGUGAAAUAAUUAUGGUCUUAUAUAAAUGUAAAUUUUUACUUAAAAAUAUCUUUUUAAUAUGGUUUUGUAAUUUCUAGAGACUUCGCUUCUCGUGCAUUCCCUGUGCCUUAUAAUAUACACGUCUACAGUCUUGUAGUCAUAUAUACAAUAUAUUUAUAAUACCUAUUGUAAGUAAACGAAUAAGAUUAAAUAUUAUUUUUUAAGAAUGCUUUCGUUAAUGUUGAGUAGGAAAGGCGAGACUUAUAAAGUUCAAAUCCGAAAUUUUAUGGUUUUAAACCACUUAAUGAUAUGAACUAAAUUAAGUUCAUUUAUUUAUGAUUUGCUAUUUAGGGUCGGUGCGUUAGCGUACAACGGAUCUUUCGAAGAGUGUGCAAGGUUGAAUGUCAUAUCAUGCAUACCUAUAAUUGGUCAGUUACGACAUUCCGCGAUCAGUGAAGCGCAUCACAUUUCCGUUAUAUAUGACCAUAAUGAUCUGCCUAUUACUGAAUCGAAUAGGGAAAAUAGUUCAUGUCCCUUACGUGGGUCCAGUGCGGUUUAGUGGGUGUUAACGACUGCAGAUGCAUCGGGACCAACGGCUUUAGGGCCUUCGGAAGUAUGGAGGAGCUCGAGAUCAUAUUUUUUUGCACAUCCAUCCUAUGACCCGGCCCUUGUAGAAAUUGCUUAAUAACCGUAUCGUAGACUUAAUGCGUUUACACUGCGCCAUCAAGCUCAUGAUAUAGAAAUCAUAUAUUUAAUUCCUUCUAAUAACAUAAUGUGUCAUUUAAUUUUGCAUUGAAAAGAAAAAAAUUCUGACAGUGUUAAAGCGAACGUAGGAGCUUUAUCAAAGGAUUGAAAAAUCCAACUUUAAAAAACCAAAGAUACAGCUUGUUUUUAAAAAACCAAAGAUACGGCUAGUUUUUUGUUUUAUAAUGUCAAUGGUUUCGAUGAAUGAAUACAUUUUGGUAAUGUAGAUUUUUUUUUGUAAAUAUAGUACAUUUACCGUGUGAAUUUGUGCCAAAAUUUUUAUUAUUAUAUUUCUUAUUAUGUAAUAAUAGUUAUCGUAGAUUUACGUGGACCAAUAUAAUGUGUGUGUAUAACUUAAUUUCAUUUUACACUUAUGUAUACUUAUUUGUCACAAUGUUAAUGAACGAAUGUAAUGUAUAGAGGUCUCGUAGAUAUGGUAAGAAUUACUUUAUGAAAGUUAUGAAAUUUUGCGAAACAAUUGAACAUUUCACUUACAGGAUAAAUUUGUAGCCAGUACACUAAAUUUAAUAUUGUGGUCGUUACGUUUUAUCUUUUUUCAGGUUGCUAACUCGAGCACAAAGGUUUUCGUAACUUGAUCUAUG